AAGUAGGAAGGUAUUGACUUAACCAGCCUUCGCUACUGUAGCAUAGUAGCACCGGAGUUUUGAAGAAUUUGAGCAGGUGCUUGUGUCAUAAUCUCAAUGCCACAAAAAGAUCCCUGUCAAAAGCAAGCCUGUGCUAUACAGAAAUGUUUACAAGCCAACAACUACAUUGAAAGCCGGUGUGAGGAUGUGAUCCAGGCGAUGAGAAGAUGCUGUGAGGAUAACUCAGCAGAGACCUCUGUCUGCUGCUCUGGUUUUAGAAAAGAAAUGAAAUCAACAAAAGAUAAAACACAUCAAACUGGACUGAAAUAAUGUGUUUUUUACUGAAUGUAAAAAGAGAACUGAAUGUAAUGUAGAAACCAGAUUUUUGUUAAGUGUUAUAUAAAUUUGCUGCUAUGGAUUAAAGGAGAGUGAAGU